AUGAGACGAGACGCGUCUCGAGAGACGGUGGUUGUGCGUUCCAGUGGAUCAUUACAGUAUAAAGAUAAACUCAUUGCAGCAAUUAACUCAACCAUUCACCUCAAGUGUAAAGAAGCAGCUACUCUGGGGGCUAUACUCCUGGAACACAUGUUGCGGCCGCUGGCCAAAAUUUGCCCCAUGGAGUGGAGGAGCGUGUUGGUUGACUUUGGAACACCACCGACAGAGCAUCUGUUUAUAAGGGACUGGGGAAAACCAGGAGACCUCUUUAACCUUAACAUUCAGUGGCACAUACCAUCUGAGGAGGAGAAGCUUUUAGGAAAGGAGCUGUUGGACACAUUUUUACAACCAGUGCUGACGAGGCUGGAAAAAUUCCUGGAAGAAUCGUUGACACUCUCAAGGUAAAUCAAAUUCCCCCCAGCAUUUUGACAGAAUUGUUUGCUCUAAACUUCAUAUACAUGUAUAGUGGUCCCCUUUUACACCGCCGUUUG